AUGCGCACCACAGCAUUUGUUUCGCUUUUUUUCUUGGGCAUAGUCCAGGUCCAAGCAGUGGUUCAUCCCGUGGUCUACGACUGCAGGCAAACCCCUGGCAUCUGUAAAAACUUCUGCUUUGCCGUCAACUGCCUGGGCCACAGUGACACCCUGGGCGGUGGCGGCAACGGCGAUGCAAACCGUCGGGCCUGGGGAGAUGGCACCAUUGCGGCGAAGCAGCUGAGACAGCAGCCCCCGGUGAACGACAACACGAUAGAGGAAUACCCUUAUGCCUCCUCUGCAGAGGGCGGCCUCAUGACCGGCAACAAAUUCGUCAGUCUCCGUACAGUUCCUCAGACGGAGCAAAGCAAGCAAGGCCACCUGCUCCAGGGCAUUGGAAGUAGCCCGGCCUCCCAUAAGUGGGUCACGUCGCUGACCAAUGUCGCCAGUGCAAAUCUGGGCGUCGACUGGUGUUACGCUACGACGCAGUGCGUGCCCGACGACGAACAGUUCGUGCCGACGGCCAAGGGCCAGUUCAAAAAGCCCACAGCAACCACUACGCAGGCCCAGCGCAGAGAUCUGACAGGCGACGGAAGCGGCGACGACAACAAAAUCUCGCCCGCGCUCGCGGCAUACCUCGACGCGAACCAGGCUCUCGACACCGCGAGCAACAUGAUCGUGGCGCAGGACGCCCACGGCAACUGCUACAACAGGCCGAUGGAUGGGAACACGUGGGCCCUUAAGCCUGGUUCUAAAGUGCGGCGCCGAGGCGUGGAUUCCUUUCUUCAGAGGAGGGCCGGAAACGUGGCCACAGGGGGAGGUGCCAACGCGGGGGCCACAAGGGGAGGCGCCAACGCGGGGGCCACAAGGGGAGGCGCCAACGCGGGUGCCACAAGGGGAAGUAAUGUGGGAGCCGCCAGUAGCAGCAAGUGGACACUGGCUACCUCGUGCUCACCCAAGACAGCAGCCGCGCUUUCUGCAAAAACUAACAACGGCCUCAGGAGGACUAACAGCCUGCCCGUCGGCAAGACGCAGACAGAUGCAAACAGUCUGGGAGCAGCUAACAGCCCGACCCUCGGCAAUGCUCCGGCAAACGGCCUCAGGAAGACUAACAGCCUGCCCGUCGGCAAGACGCAGACAAAUGCAAACAGUCUGGGAGCAGCUAACAGCCAGUCCGUCGGCAAUGGUCCGGCAAACGGCCUUAGGAGGACUAACAGCCUGCCCGUGACCCCUACUCAGCCAAAGGCGGCCGGGCUCACUAGGGCCGACACCAUGGCCGUCGGCAACGGUGUGGGAGCGGCUAACAACAGAGCAGCUGCCAAAGCUCCGGGGACAAAGACCACCAACCUAUCCGGCAAACCUUGA